CAAAGUAACUCAUUUUAUUUAAGUGAAGGUUAAACAUGCUACAUCAAAUAUCACAAAGGACUAAAAAUGAUAUUAUAGACUAACACAAGGACCAAAAUAGCUAUUUGUCCCCCCUUUAGGACCAGAAACAAAAAAUAAUCCAAAAAUGAAAAUAAAUAAAAAAUCUCCAUAAAUCCCAAUUUCUCUGAAACUCAAAAAACUCAACUACCCAUACAAUACAAUAACUAACAAAACAAAUAUCAAUAAUUUCCUUCUUAUUUUCCGCCAUUCUUGUUUACCUUGAAAACUUGAUAUAGUAUAAUAAUAAAUACACACAGUAGUACACCCAUAUAUUACACACAGAAGGAAAGAGGGUUUUUGGGGUUUUGUUGAGGGUGAAAUGGACGGCGGUGAUGUUUCUGCGGAAGGGAAAGUGAUGUGUGCAUCAUGGAUCAAACGGCCAGAAAACGCGCAUCUUGUGGUGAUUGGAAAAUCCACCGGAACUUCCUCUUUACUCGAGAUUUUCUCCUUUCAUCGUGAUACUACUACUCUUUCUCCUUCCCCCAAGGCGACGCAUGCGUUAGAGGAAGGUGGUGAUCCAGUGUGCAUUGCGGUACAUCCAAGUGGUGAUGACUUUGUGUGCUCCACUACCACUGGUUGCAAGUCGUUUGAGUUAUAUGGUCAUGAAGGUAAUAUAAAAUUUGUGCGCAAGGAGUUUCCUCUCCAAGAUAUUGGUCCACAAAAAUGUGUGGCCUUUAGUGUUGAUGGCUCCAAAUUAGCCACAGGCGGAAUUGAUGGACAUUUCAGACUUUUUGAGUGGCCAACGAUGCGAAUUAUUGUGGAUGAACCUAAAGCGCACAAGUCAUUCAGAGACAUGGAUUUCAGCUUAGAUUCAGAGUACUUAGCUUCCACAUCCACAGAUGGUGCCGCCAGAAUUUGGAACACAAGCGACGGCGUUCCAGUAACUUUGUCACGAAAUUCAGAUGAGAACAUUGAGCUCUGCAGGUUUUCUAAAGAUGGGACAAAACCAUUUUUGUUCACUACUGUUCAGAAAGGCAAUAAGUCAUUGAUUGCAGUUUGGGACAUCACUACAUGGAAGAAAAUUGGACAUAAAAGCCUGAUAAAAAAGCCAGCUUCCAUUAUGUCAAUUAGUUUGGAUGGGAAAUAUCUUGCAUUGGGAAGCAAAGAUGGCGAUGUCUAUGUUAUUGAAGUGAAAAAGAUGGAGAUCUCCUCUUUACACAAGAGACUGCACCUGGGUACUAAUAUUACUUCUUUGGAGUUUUGUCCUAGCGAAAGGGUUGCUCUUACCACUUCAUCUCAAUGGGGAGCAAUGGUGACUAAGUUAAAUGUCCCAGCCGAUUGGAAAGAGUGGCAGAUUUAUCUACUACUCUUGGGAUUAUUUUUGGCAUCAGCUGUUCUAUUUUACGUGUUCUUUGAGAAUUCUGAAUCUUUCUGGAACUUCCCUGAUCCAUCUACAAGACCAAAGAUAGAGACUCUUCAUGUAGAUGCAACAUCUGAUGAACAAUGGAGCAGCUUUGGACCUGUAGAUUUGUAAGCUCACCACAGCUUUUUCGUCGGAUUUCAAGAUGGCAGAACUGAAGAAAGAUUGUGAAAUAAGUCUAGAUUGGUGGCAUUCUUUAAGCUUUUAGCAUGUAUACUUCUAAUUAAUGGACCUUAAAUAUAUGAGGCUAAUAUUUUGCCUCUUUUGGGUGUUAAAUCUCUCUUAAGAUUUAUUCGAUCCUAGAAGAAAAAUAUUGAUGCAGCAUACUAUAGGUGGUUUUAGUGUGGCAAGUUUCAUUGAUGCACCAUACUAUAUUGUUCUGCUUUGAACUCAGUAUCUUGAAAAAUUCCUCCCCAAUUUCUGCAA